UUAAGCCUUUCCCCUGCAUCCACAUUGUUGUCAUCAAAAUUCCACCAACUACAUCUUUCCUUCUCCGCCGGUAACCAUGCAAGCUAUCCAAUCUUCAUCUCUCUGGCCAUCUCCGGUCGACCCAUUUCUCAAAACCAUACCCCAAUUCACCAAUGUAAAGCCAUUGAGACCCAAAAGAACCCCUUUUAUCUCAGCUUCAUCCACUACAGUUUCAGCCCCAACAAGGGAAAAAGACCCCAAAAAGCGUGUUGUUAUAACUGGCAUCAAUCUGACUCCACCUCCACCUUCUAUUAUGAGUACUGCGGCCUUGGAAAGGUGUAAAAAGCGUAUUGAACUUAUUGCAAACACUCUACAGUUAGAAGGAUUUUCGCGUAUUGAUGUGUUUGUUCAUGCUGACACUGGCGAGGUACUGAUUAUCAAAGUGAAUACAGUUCCACGAAUGACUCCUUCCACCGUUUUCAUUCAUCAGGCACUUUCAGAGCAACCUCCCCUGUAUCCGCAAUAUUUCUUCCGCACGUUGCUUGAUCUGGCAUCAGAGAGAUCUAUGUGAAUAUAAUUAUAUGAGAAGAUUUCAGGUUGUUCAUUUCUCUCUUACUAUCUGUUGUCCAUCCAUCAUUUCCUUCCUAUGUUGUAUGUUAAUUCAAGACUCUUUGUAAAAAUGUUGCCGAUUUUGUGAUUGCACUAGCCAUGUGUGUUUUCAUUAUAUUAUUUACUUGGUAUGACAUUGUUGUUGACAAAAUAUAUUUAUGUGAACAAUUUAAAAGUAGCAGUAACUUAAUUUUACAGUUUUUUUAAUACAUUAAAAAAUGAUUUAUAGUUUAAGAUUUUUUGUAGACAACAGAUUUUAAAAGUCAUAGGUUCGGCUUAAGUAUAUCAACAACCUCUGUACAUUUUGAAAUGAACCCGAGGAGAGGAUAAAGUAAUGAACUCGCACUAUGUCUUCACAACAAAGCCUGACAUACUGUUCAACCGUGAAGUUACUUCCAUGCUGCUCCGUCGUUUUGAUGUAUUUAAACCAUGGGUUACUGAUUUUGUAUCGUAUUGCUGUUGAAUUUUAGACUAAGCUAUUUCUUACAUUUCUGAUCAAAUUUCAGUAUACUGUUGCUAUGUGUCGAGCUAAAUUUUGCUACACUUUUGGAUAUAUUUGAGCCAAUGGUUUGCCUA